AUGAGUGAAGUGCGACAUCGUCGUGGUGAUGGUGAUGGGAACGAAAAAGUGGAGACGGCUGGCGAAUCCGACCAUGUUGAUUCGGAGGAAGAAAAGGUGUUGGAGGAGAAGUAUGUAGAUGAAAUGGCGAAAACUUUACCCCAGGGUACUGACAAAACACCAGAAAUUUUAGAUUCUGCGCUCUCUGGGUUGUCUUCGCGAUGGAGAAAUUGGGUUAUCCGAGGCAUUUUCACAUGGCUGAUGAUUGGUGGGUUCUGCUUACUCAUUUAUGGAGGGCCCUUAGCUUUGAUGAUUACUGUCCUAUGCGUACAAGUGAAAUGCUUUGAAGAGAUCAUUAACAUUGGGCAUGCUGUCUACCGAGUCCAUGGGUUGCCAUGGUUCCGUUCACUCUCCUGGUACUUCCUGCUGUGUUCCAACUACUUCUUCUAUGGCGAGAGUCUCAUUGAUUACUUUGGAGUCGUGAUAAAUCGGACUGAUUAUCUACACUUCCUAGUGACGUAUCAUCGCUUCAUUUCCUUCUGCCUUUACUGUGUGGGCUUCGUCUGGUUUGUCCUGUCUCUCGUGAAGCGCUAUUAUAUGAGACAGUUUAGUCUGUUUGCGUGGACCCACGUUGCACUGCUAAUCGUUGUGACGCAGAGUUACCUGAUCAUUCAGAAUAUUUUCGAAGGUCUAAUUUGGUUUAUUGUGCCGGUAUCCAUGAUCAUUUGCAAUGAUGUGAUGGCGUACAUCUUUGGCUUCUUCUUCGGCAAGACCCCGCUGAUAAAGCUCAGCCCGAAGAAGACAUGGGAAGGCUUCAUCGGCGGCGGGUUUUCUACCGUGGUAUUUGGACUCGUGCUCGCGUACAUGAUGUCGCAGUAUCCGUACCUGGUCUGCCCCAUCGAGUACUCAGAGUCCCUCGGCCGAAUGACCAUGGACUGCGAGCCUUCAUCUCUGUUCCGCCUGCAGGAGUACACGCCGCCAAACUUCAUGCUGCCGCUUGUCAAAGUCUUCGGCCGCGAAAAGCUGACUCUGUACCCAUUCAUGAUCCACUCGCUGGCUCUCAGCAUCUUCAGCUCCGUGAUUGGACCUUUCGGUGGAUUCUUUGCUUCUGGCUUCAAACGGGCUUUCAAGAUCAAGGACUUCGGCGACGUGAUCCCCGGCCACGGGGGCAUAAUGGACCGCUUCGACUGCCAAUUCCUCAUGGCGACUUUUGUCAACGUGUACAUCACCAGCUUCAUACGCACCGCUACGCCGCAGAAGCUCUUGCAACAAGUGUACAACAUGAAGCCAGAACAGCAAUUGCAAUUAUUCUACGCACUGAAAGAGUCCUUGGAGAAUAGGAACAUUUUGAACGCAAUACCGUAA